AUGAAUUCUGGUGAAGUGAAUUGUAGUGAAAUAAAGUGUAGUGAAAUGAAUUCUGGUGAAGUGAAGUGUAGUGAGAUGAAGUGUAGUGAAGUGAAGUGUAGUGAGAUGAAGUGUAGUGAAAUGAAGUGUAGUGAGAUGAAGUGUAGUGAAAUGAAGUGUAGUGAAUUGAAUUGUGGUGAAGUGAAGUGUAGUGAAAUGAAGUGUAGUGAAUUGAAUUGUGGUGAAGUGAAGUGUAGUGAGAUGAAGUGUAGUGAAGUGAAGUGUAGUGAGAUGAAGUGUAGUGAAAUGAAGUGUAGUGAGAUGAAGUGUAGUGAAAUGAAGUGUAGUGAAUUGAAUUGUGGUGAAGUGAAGUGUAGUGAAAUGAAGUGUAGUGAAUUGAAUUCUGGUGAAGUGAAGUGUAGUGAGAUGAAGUGUAGUGAAGUGAAGUGUAGUGAGAUGAAGUGUAGUGAAAUGAAGUGUAGUGAGAUGAAGUGUAGUGAAAUGAAGUGUAGUGAAUUGAAUUGUAGUGACAUGAAGUGUAGUGAAAUGAAGUGUAGUGAAAUGAAUUCUGGUGAAGUGAAUUGUAGUGAAAUAAAGUGUAGUGAAAUGAAUUCUGGUGAAGUGAAGUGUAGUGAGAUGAAGUGUAGUGAAGUGAAGUGUAGUGAGAUGAAGUGUAGUGAAAUGAAGUGUAGUGAGAUGAAGUGUAGUGAAAUGAAGUGUAGUGAAUUGAAUUGUGGUGAAGUGAAGUGUAGUGAAAUGAAGUGUAGUGAAUUGAAUUGUGGUGAAGUGAAGUGUAGUGAAAUGAAGUGUAGUGAGAUGAAAUGUAGUGAAAUGAAGUGUAGUGAGAUGAAGGUACUUGGAUAUAAUGUAGUAGGAUAA